CGUGGCUCAUAACAUUCCAUGUCGUGAUUAGCAUCAAAAGUUGUUGACAGUUUGAACGAGCGACCAGGCGCCUCCAUUCAUUGUUGCAUUGUGUUUACCUUUUAAUUCCUAACUUUGGUUUGCUCCACUAAAACGACACGAACCGCAUCGUAAAAUACAAGCACUUCGGUAGUCUUUGCCAAGGAAUGUGAAACUCACUGUCAAAACAUUCCACCCAAUUAUCGAAUGCACGGCACGCCACAACCAGCAAAACCACGCGCUCUCGUGGUCAGGUGCAACUUGUAAAGAAAAUUAUCCACUUCACACCUAACACCGGCGGCGACGACGGCAAAGGCAAGGAUUCCGGGCUAAGGCCCUUUUGGUUGAUAAGGUUCUACCAACUUCAGUCACGACAUGCAACAGCUAAGAAAAGAGGGUUAAAAUCCGUAGUACGCUCGAGGCAACCCUAAGCGCAAAUGUUUGACGGCACGGCCCGCAAUACAAACAAUGAAGAAAUAAAAGCUACCUACACAUACCGGUACACGAAAUUAUUAGCAUGCGAAGGACGCGCCGUCUGUGGAACCGAGCGAACCGAGCGGCCAAGCGGUGACGUAGUGACGCAGGUCACAGACCGGCCAGUAUUAAAAUUCAAGCACUACACUGGUUGUCCCACUGUGUUUAUAAAGCACGUGUAUGGAUGUGUGUGUUUGUGCUCAAACUGUGCAUCGUCGAUUUUGACACGUAGGCACACGCUCGUCACACCAUCUGUUUUUCAUUUUGCACAAAGAGCGCACGCUGUGCAUAAUUAUCAGCGUAAAAAGAGCGAGCCAGCACGGUUGGAAAAUUGCUUGCUCACCGAAGGGGAUGCUCCCACACAUACACAUAGCAGCGUAGCAGCGCCUAACAUUUUUGACAGCUCAGAAAACAUGAACAACGGGCGCGUUACUUUCCAGGUAAAACGUAAACAAACAGCGUUUUCGCUCAUUCUCUCGCUCGCUCCUGCUGAUGCUGCUUCUCGCAGAAGUCCUGCACUAAGAGCGCGUGUGCUCUUUAGUAGACGUACACACAGUCUCACUCUGUAAUCGUCGCGCAACCGAAGAGGACGCUAACGCCAACCGCUGGCACCCGGAACACAGCACAGCAGAGUGCCAGUGAAAGUAACCUUACUUCUGGGUGGUUAAUUCCAUCCGAACAAGAUCACACACCUGCGUGUGAGCGUGUGUAUGCUUGAAGUGCUUCCAUUUUGUAACCGAAGUUAGCAAACAGCGUGUGCUGGUUGAGCUGUGUUUGCGAAGCCACUUGACAAAACGUUGUCUAUUCCAUCUUCCCUGCAGGCGUGUGUGCGUGUGUGUUACGAAAUGUGAAGAAUGGCGUGACAGACGCGAGCAGCAGAAGCCACCUAAGCGUUCAUUUUUCACGGUGCGUCGGCUACGUCACUUCACUUCCGUCAUCGUUAUCGCAGCCGUGCGGUUCGUUUCUCCGUGCGUAAAUCGUGAAGGAUGUGCCCCUGCUAGCAUCCUUACUGUUUCAUCUGUUUGUAUAAUCAGACCACGGCCGGGAGAGGAGUGGAUUUCGCGGAAAUAAGUAGGAGGUGUGCCUUGGAGAGCUUUCUGUCAACGCUGUUGGUGUGCAUUUCUCCAUUAUCACGCGCACCUUUCGUGUUUCCAUCGAAGGAAAAGGAAGGUGUGCUUUUGUAAAGUGCGAAAAAAUUUUCCCCAUUCCUCACUGUGACGGGCGUGUGAACGGUGAGCCCAGGAACGGCAGCCGUGAGAUGUGAGAGCGUGUGAGAUUGAGUCGUACGGUGUACAUGCGUGUGGGUGUGUGUGUGCGUGUGGAUAAUGCAAUCACAACGUCAACGCAAUCGAGUCUUCCGAGGGAAGCAUAUGGAAUGAUGCUGCGUGCGGGUAUCAUAGUAACGCGACGCCUCAAUGAGCAGCUUGGCUGUUCGGCUUCCAACUGGCGUUGCUAUCAAGGCUGUGAGGACAUACAGUACGCGAAUCAGUCCGGCCAUCAUCGGUGUACAGCAAAGUGAGAACGCGUAGUGUGUCCGGGGAAGGAAACAAAUUUUAUGCACGGAGACAUCCUUACACGCAUCGAUCAACAACACACACUCGUGGAUCCGUUUGAAGUGUAUCAAAUACACGGGAAUGUACGGUACUGGAACGGAUAAGAUUGCAACCGCUGGACCAUAGUGUGUAUCGACUGGAGCGCAAACAUCCGCACAGAAAAAGCGUCAGCGCCCUGUCCUGGUAUAGAAUCAUCCCAAAAAUCAAAACGGCAUCAACAUGAGGAUGGACGUGUUUCGAUGGCUACCCGGUGCCUGUGGAAGUCUCGGACCGGCUCUGAUACCACCGGCCCACAUUGCGGUCCUAUGGUACUUCUGGCAGAAUUACUCACGCUUCGUCGACAAGCGGUUCUGUUCCUGCUCCUGCUGGGAUACGGUGUUCAAAGGAACGUACGAGUCGGGCAUCGCAUCAUACAAACACAUGUACUUCAAUGCGACACAAAACACGAUGAAGAUGUGGCUGCUGAUCGUGAUUGGCGUGAUCGCACUGUACGAGUGUACGAAACAUUUGGUACAGUUGCUGCUACAGUGCAAGGUGCGCUACACGAUGAUUGUGCUGUUUCUGCUGUCCAUCUUCUCGCAUUACUACGCGUGGUGGGCGUAUCUCAAUUACUAUAACGAUGAGUACUACCAUCAGUGGAAUCAUCAGUUGUUCUUCACUAUCACCGAGCUCAUAUCAACCAGUGUCGUACUGCAUUUAGCUAACGUAGAAAAUCAGGUGACCGCCCGUAAAACGCUUAGCAUCGUCGGCAUAGCGCUGCUACACAUCCUGGCCAGCGGUGUCGAUCAGUUCAUAUCAAACGUGUUCCGUGGGGAAGGAUAUCCACAUCAGGUCGUUCGGGAUCUUGGCUUUAUGAUACCGGACGUGAUGCAUCUGUUACUACCACUGUGGCUGCUACGUCAAACACGUCUCGAAAGCUUCAGCACGCGACCAUUCUACCGUGAUCGAAAUUUGCGCCGGGACGUCGUGCUGAUGUUCUUCGUCGUUACAGUAUUAUUCACCAUUUGUUCGUUUCUCUAGAAGGAGGUGGUUAGGGCAGGAGGAAGAGGAGAAGGUGAAGGUUGACUAAGUAGCAAAAUUUCUUCCCACCAUGCGCGGCAUUUUAUCCUCCCAUUUACAGGAAAACGCAUCACCAAAACACACACCCACAUACACAUACUUAUCAACGAACCACCGUCCUCGAGAUAAGGAAAAUUUAAGCCAAAUCAAAAGCAACGUAAUCAUCCCCUUACUUACUCCGCUAGGGAGCACAGGCGUUAGUUUUUGGGCGAGAGAAUCGCAAGACAGGCGGACACAGAUCGAUUGAAUGGAUUGUUUUAAAUGGCUUUCUGUUUUUUGCGAUCGUGCGCCAAGCUCAAGCCAAGCGUGCGCUAUAAGCAGUAGCUUCCAUAUUGACGAAAGACAAACAGCUGAAGAAAGAAGGAAACGUUAAACAAUUUUAAGCAAAACAGGCUUCCAUCGCAAGGGUAUCAUCGUGUGUGGAAACAAAACGGAAAAACGGGAACACAUAUCCAGCAAAGACGCAUCAAAUCAAACGAGCAUCAUUUUACGGAAACUCUUAUCAGUAGCAUCGUAGUGAGCGAGAAGAGCGCUUGUGCAGAAUCGGAAAAAAAGGGUGCAAGUGUUUAUCUGCUUCCCGUUUUUCAAGAAGAAAAAACAAGGCUGAUUUUUACCACCAGUACGCAAAACGGGUGCGUAUGAGCUUUUAAUGUGGAUGGGUUGAUGAAGCGAACGGCAGGAGUGGAUGGAUGAUCUUUCCUGGUCUCUACCAGUUGUUGCUCCGCUGUAUGCCAUAUCAGAGAGUGUUUUCGUAUUUGUUUUAAAGGCAAAAGCAGUCCUUUUCCAUUCUCACCGGUGAAAGUUUUGCUAAGUAAAGCAUUUAGUUUAAGCAACAUAAUCCAACAACUAAAUUACCAAUUCCGCAUAACAAACGCGCCCGCAGCUAGACAAUUUGCAUCGCAAACAUUGCUUGUUUUACUUAGCAAGACUGUUAACGGCGUUAUCACGUCCGCUCUUUGUUGCGCGUCGUGUUUAGGGACAGAAGAAAAAAAAUUAACCGAUUACGUUUGCCAUUAGUGUAACGUACGAUCGAGAAGUGGUACGUUUUAGUAAAAGGAAAGUAAAAACAAAACAAUAGCGAAAGUAGUGCAACUCAUCCAGUGAGUAGGGGAUGAAGAAGAAGGACGAGAGAGCUAAAACAAGACGAAAAGAAAUCGUACUAGAAUGUAGACAAUAAACACAAAAAACACAAGAUAAUUAUAAGUAUAAAAGAAACCCGCCCCCUUAAGGAACAGACAAGUAAACCACAACAAAACAACUAGCGCCUACAUUUAAUCGCAGAUGUAGGAAAGUAAGAAAUGAAGAGGGAAGCACAGGUAUAGGAGGUUAAGGAGGAUAUAAUAAGAGGAAAAAACCAAACAGAACCCACGUUAGAUUAGCCCACGAGAUCAGUCGAUAGGUAAACCCGAAGAUGUAUAGAAACGUAUAUAUAUAUACAAAUAUUUAUUAUUUAUACGCCAUUCACUUCCGGACAAGUUAAUGAGGCUAUCAUUCGUUAAGCUGCUAUACUUUAAAAGUAAUGCAUAACGGAGUGAGGUGCUAAGUCAUUACUAGUUUGUCUAGUCUAUAAAAAGAAUAGGAGUUCAUUAACGAAAUGACCACAAAAUCCACUUCACCACUCUUCUCGUUAGCGAGGGAUGGAAAGACUAUCCAUGGUACCAUAAAAACGAGGAGUUUGUUAUGAGGAUGGCGUAAUUUUAGGAGUUUUAAUCGAGCAAUCAAAGUUAUUAGCAUCGAUGUGACAAAACAAACUCCAUUGUAGUUGGUACUGUUGGUAGCAUUUACAUUUCUGUUAGUGGGAGGAACAAAUAAUUAUUUUUUUGGUGAUCAAUUAUGUACUUGCCCACAGAGCAGCGGGUUGUUUCUUUUUAUUUUAAUUUUUUUAGUAUAUAGAGAUGUAGAUCACGUAAAAGCGUCGUUCGGUACAUACAACCUUAAUGAAAAAAUCCCGGAAUAUAUAUAAAAUAUACUGCAAGAGAAGGGGAUGGGAAGAGAGAGGGAAGAAAUGAUGGGUCGUGGGUGCGUUUAAAUAGUUUGUAGUUCAAAUACAAAGCGUACGUGUAGUUGAGUUUCUUUCUGUUAUUGGGGAUGAACAAUAAAGCCGUGUUAGUUGUUACGGGAAGACAGGAAGGGAAGGCACAGAACUGGACGGGAAAAGGACGUUUGUUAUGCUUGUGUUCGUAAAAAAAAAACUAUCCGUGACAAUGUUUGUUAAGUUGUAAUUUAAUUUAAACCAUCCC